UUUCUUCCAACCAACGCCAUUCUGACUUUUCUCGAUCAUCACCAACCGCCCAAGCUGCCAAACUGCCACCGCCUUAGAAGACCAUUUCCGAUCUGAGCCAUGGAAGCAGCAGCCACCUCGUCGCGGAUUCUUCCUCACCUCAAUCAUCGCCAAACGUCUGUUCGCGAUUAUAAUCUCACGCCUUCGAUGUCAUUCAAUCAGAAAAAAACUUAUGUAUCAGCUAGCUUCCAUUUGUCUGAUCCUUGGAGCCCUAAACUUAUGUCCAAAUCAAGUGUUCAACCAUUUUGCUCAUUAGAUGCAUGUACUUAUCCCACAAUUACCACUGUUUCUGAAGAUAUGUCACAAACGACGGAAGAAAAGAUUGGUGUACUUCUGCUUAAUCUAGGAGGACCAGACACACUUCAAGACGUGCAACCAUUCUUGUUCAAUUUAUUUGCAGACCCUGAUAUUAUUAGGCUCCCCAGACUAUUUCGGUUCCUCCAACGACCAUUGGCACAGCUGAUUUCUGUGCUUCGUGCACCCAAAAGUAAAGAAGGGUAUGCUUCCAUUGGAGGUGGUUCUCCUUUGAGGAAGAUAACAGAUGAGCAGGCAGAUGCAAUUAAGACGUCGCUGGAAGCAAAGGAUGUUCCUGCAAAUGUCUAUGUUGCUAUGCGGUAUUGGCACCCGUUUACGGAGGAAGCUGUUAAUCAGAUCAAAAGGGAUAAGAUUACCAAGCUCGUGGUGCUGCCACUUUAUCCUCAAUACUCGAUCUCCACUACUGGAUCAAGCAUUCGUGUUCUUGAAACCAUGUUCAGGGAUGACCCAUAUUUGUCUGGACUGCCUGUUUCUAUAAUACAGUCCUGGUAUCAGCGACAGGGUUACAUCAAUUCUAUGGCAGAUUUGAUGCAGAAAGAAUUACAGACGUUCUCCAAUCCCGAUGAGGUCAUGAUAUUCUUCAGUGCACAUGGUGUACCUGUGAGCUAUGUUGAAGUUGCUGGGGACCCUUACAAAGAUCAGAUGGAGGAAUGCAUUUACCUGAUAAUGCAAGAGCUUAAGUCACGAGGAAUUGACAACCAGCAUACUCUUGCUUACCAGAGUCGCGUUGGACCUGUACAAUGGCUGAAGCCGUACACUGACGAAGUACUAGUUGAACUUGGCCAGAAAGGAGUUAAGAGUCUUCUUGCCGUUCCAGUGAGUUUUGUGAGCGAGCACAUUGAAACUCUGGAAGAGAUUGAUAUGGAAUACAAGCACUUGGCUUUGGAGUCGGGCAUUGAAAACUGGGGACGCGUUCCUGCUCUUGGUAUCACUUCUUCCUUCAUCACAGAUUUGGCUGAUGCAGUUGUUGAAGCCUUGCCCUCUGCUGUGGCUAUGAGAAGUUUGAGCACUGAAUUGCAAGAGGCUGACAGAGAUUCUGUCAGUUCUGCUGCUAAAAUGAUUUACGGUUCAGUUUUAGCGUUCAUUUUGCUCUUUUCCCCGAAAAUGGUAUCUGCAAUUAAGAAGCAAUUUCUUUGAUAGAGAAGGGUUCUAUUUUAUGCCUACAUUCUUUGUUCUUUCUCUUUUGUGGGUUUGGUUGCAAUGGGUAUAAUAAGAUAUAGAAUACAUUAGUAUUAGAAUGAAGAUGUCAAAGAAGGGGGAGAAUGAAGUUCAUUUUGGUAAGUUUUUGGUUUGGCUGUUGGGACAUAGAAAUGUGAUUUUUUUUUUCUUAAAUUGUUUCAAAUUACCCCAAUGAGCACUAAAUACAUUUUAAGAGCCUGGUAAUGGCGAGCUUUGGCCAAGGGUAUAUCAUUUUGCUUAUUUGAUAUGUCAUUUGAUUGCUAAAGAGUAAAGUUGGUGGUGAUGAACAAUUCUAUCUUCUACUUUGCUUAUUUGUGUUGUAAUCUGUACAUCAUUUUAAUAAUUGGAUUUAAUCAUGAUGAUUGAGGUA